AUGCAACACAUCCUUAAGAUUCUGGUGGUCUAUGGAGCUGGUGUAGAGGAUUCAGUGGAUGUAUCUGUUAUUCUCGAAGGCCGGGAGAUCCUACCAGGAUGUCACAACGUGGCUAAAGCUUGUGCACUACUUAUGGGGUUGAUUUAUGCCCUCAACCUUGCAUACCCCAAAGCCAAUUUUGAAAUUGUUUCCCGCACUUUGCCCGCGAAAAGUAAGUUAAUGCGUCAGACGUCAGACUGGCCGUUGUACGACGGAUUUGGGAAGCGCCUUCAAAAGUUCAGAAUGGAGUUGGGAAAAAUGAAUACCACACAAUUAAUAAAGGAGCUUAUGCAGUUUGGUAUCGAAAUCACUGAUGAGGAGAGGAAAAAAUUUGAGGAUUGUACUUUUCAUGAUCUCUUUUAUGUUAUAGACAAUGAUGUAGAUGGAGAGACUGUUGACAUUGGGCUGACGGAGUCAAUGGUUUCAUUCCUCUUUGAGGGAUCAUUUAAGAAGCAGGCAAAAUUCCACCGAUUUGUCCAACAGAUGAAGGAAAUGGUGACAUUAACGCUUGAACCUGUGCCUGCAGAAUGCCUUUUUCAGUCUUCAGCUGGAGCAAGGUUGUUGUCAUUUAAUAUCAGCCCAUCAGCAGCUUAUCCUGCACUUUUUGAAGUUCCUAAGUUUCCUUUUGAUGUUCAGGCUAAGUUGGACCAAAAACAAAGCAAACUUGCAGCAUCCGAUAGGAUCAAAAUUAUAAGAACAUUGUAUGAAAGCAUGGCUCAGUACAGUAUGUAUCCGACUAAUGAAGAGUAUGUUCAAGUGGCUAAGGCCCUUAUUCUGAGGUACCCCUUUUUAAAGGACAAAGAGGGCAAUGGAUAUCACACAUGGCACAUGUCUCUGAAACGCAAGUUUAAAUUUGAACGGACACCUUUGGCUGAUGUUGAAGAAGUGAAAAGACUUAAACAGAAGUUUGGUCAUUCAAAAAAAGUCUCAGGAACCGACAUGGAUGUUGCUGGAGAGGAUGCUACCUCAAUAGAGGGACAUGUGAAAGUCCUACAGGACCAAUAUCGAAAGACACAGCCAGAUGCUCGUAUUGUUGAAGAGCGAAUGAGGAGGACCUUUGCCUGGAGGCGUAAGGAGAUUAUUGGUGGGAUGACUGUUGAAGAUGCUGUCAACAAAUAUCCCUUUAUCAAGAAAUUGAAGCUAGAGAAGAAUCUCGUUGAAGACCAUAAUGGAAUUGAUUUCAAAGCAGCACUUCUCAUGUUGCCAGUCUUGUUCAGAGAAAAGCUUGAACACUUCAUUGUGCUUGGGAGAGUUGACCCAUCUUCACCAUAUCCAACUGUUCAAGUACAGGAAACCACUGACUGGAAAACUGUGCUUACAAGAAGAGUCACUGCUGUCAUCAGAGUUGAUGGGAUAGAGAUCUGCCGGGCUAGCGGUGUGGACGAAGGGGUUCUUUCUGCAUUCUGUGCCUAUUUUGUCUUCAAUUUGACAUAUCCACCUCACUUGAAGAACACUCUGGUGUUUCUUCAGCGGUAUGUUUUGAAACUUACUGUGGAUGGUGACAAGCCUCUACUUACUCCAGUUACCAGAGUAAUCAACCUUUUACAGUAACAUCUGCAAAAAUGCCUCGCCCCUUCUGUUGUCCUAAAUGCUCUCGGAGAACAUUCACAAUUGUCAAAUUAAUCCAGCACAUUGGUCUCAUUCAUGCACAUGAGGCAAAUUUUUCAAUAACUUGUGGUCUUAAUGACUGUCAGAGAACAUUUUCAAAGUAUGAGUCCUUUAGAUGUCACGUUUACCGAAAGCAUAAACAUACGGUGUUACAACAGACUAUGACUGAUGAUCCUCUUCCUUUCUUUGAGGAUGUUGAGGAAGAAUGUCCUAAUGAUAGUGUUGUACUGUC